AUGGAAACAAUGUAUCAGGAAUCAAAUGAGGGAAGUUUCCCCUCACUCAACCUUACUCACAAGGAAGUUGGUGGAUCUUUCUAUACAGUGCGGGAGAUUGUACGUGAUAUAAUCCAAGAAAAUAGAGUUCUUGGUCCAGGAAAGUUGUCACUAGAAGAGCACAGCACGGAUCAUUUACUUGAAGAGAAUCCACUGCACUCAAUUGCUAUUGAACCUCAAUCUCCUUUAACGUCGCCCUCAGAGGAAUUUGAUUUUCCAAUCAACCACAACCAUUGUAUAAAUGAAGAACCAAUCAUUGUUUCAGAUGAGGAGCAAUACACUUCAAAGAAUAUUCAGGGAUCACAGAAUGGGGUCAUAAUUAACGGCAGUCUGGUGGAUGCCAGUGACAAGGAUUCUGAUGAAUUUAUCCAGACAGAGUUGCCAGUAAAUGAACACAAGAAAAUAGAGGAAGUGUUGAAAGAGGAAUCAGGAAUGCCUAUUAAUCAUGUAACUCCUUUGGCUGUAGAUGUCAAGGUAGGGACAUUCCCGUUGGAUUCAUUUUCUUGGGCUGCUAAUGGUUCAGAUGUAAUAUCUGAGACUUUGAUUUCAACCGAUGCCUCGGAAAAGAAAGUUAGUCAAACCAUCGAGUUAGAAUCAGAUGUUAGCUUGUUUAACAGUGAAGAUAAUAAUUCCACGAAAGCUUCUGGUCGGGCAGAUGAAAAGGCAUUAUCAGAAACAAUGUCUGAUUUGGUGGAGGUAGCACAAAUUGUUGAAGAUACUGAUGGAACUAUUAUGAAAGAUGGUCGCAUACAUGAAGUUGACGGUCCUGGGUUGGAAAUUUGCACUGAUACUCCAAUAUCUGUGACCUUUGAACAAGGCCAGAAAUCUAGUGAAAUAAAGGUAUAA